GCAGAGUAUCUGUUAAAGCAAUGCUUGAUAGUGGCUCCAUGGCCUGCACCCUCAGUACUGAUCUGAUACCCCACCUCUUAGAUCAUGCAGUGUUGCAGACCCCCACCUUGCAACCCACUGAUGUUGUACUGAUUGGUUGUGGUGGUUCAAGGACAAUCCCAUCUGGUGUGUGUGACAUUACAGUGGAAAUGUAUGGCUGCAAAGUUGUUGUGCCUAUGCUGGUGGUUGCAGGACAAAGUGAGGACCUUAUCAUAGGCAGCAACCUUAUGCGGCAUUUGGUCAAUCGCCUGAAGACAAAAGAUAAGUUGGGGGUGGAAUGCAGCAAGAGCUUAAAUGCAGAAGAUAUGUCUGAUCACACUGUGCUAAGUUUAAUGUCAGAAGUGGUGGUUCCGGAGAGUGCCGGUGAUAAGAUUGGAACUGUCAAGCUAAAGAGAGCCAUAACCUUGGAACCUUUGACAGAGCACCUAGUCUGGGGCAGGCUGCUGCUAGGAGAUAAUGAGGAAGUUGGCAGAGCUGUAGUGAUCGAGCCCAUAGCAACAAGAUCCAGGCCAAGGUCAGUUAUGGUUGGAAGAACUGUGGCACAUCUAAAUAGUGAUGGGUGGCUCCCGGUAAAGGUGUUAAACCCCUUUGAAAAGUCAAUGACUUUAAAACGAAACAUGAAGUUGGCUGACGUGUUUACCUGUGCAGCAGUGGAGAGCUUCAGUCCCACUGACUCCUGCUUACAACAGAAUAUACAACUGCCAACUACUGAAUCAGCACAGUGCAAUGAUGAUCAGAGUCUAGUCACUGAUGUCUCUACCUUGCCUGAUCAUCCAUCUUUAGAGCAAGUGAUGGGUGACAGUAGCUCUUUACAUGCAGUGCUGCAAAAUCUGGGGCUGUCUGACAUUGAUAUCAACUCAUGUGAAGUGUCACAAGCUAGCAAAGAGAAACUAGUUGACCUCAUUGCCCAGUUUGAGUCCAUUUUCUCGAGAGACAAGCUAGAUUGCGGCAAAGCUACUGGCUAUCUUCAUAGGAUUCGAGUUGUAGAUGACAAGCCAUUCCGGUUGCCUUGCAGACGUGUGCCACCGACUCAUUAUGACAAAUUAAGACAAGCUCUGAAUGAAAUGGAGGAACGGGAAAUAAUCCGAAAGUCUUGCAGUGAGUUUGCAUCACCAUUGGUCUUAGUUUGGAAGAAGUCUGGUGAUUUAAGAAUAUGUAAUGAUUUUCGCUGGCUUAACGCUAGAACUGUCAAAGAUGCACAUCCUCUUCCGCAUCCAGCAGAUGCACUGGCUGCUUUAGGAGGAAAUGGAUUUUUCUCUACAAUGGACCUGACUUCAGGCUACUAUAAUGUGGAGGUGCAUGAACAAGACCGCAAGUACACAGCAUUUACAUCACCAUUCGGGUUAUACGAAUACAAUCGUAUGCCACAAGGACUGUGCAACAGUCCAGCGACCUUUAUGAGGAUGAUGUUGGGCAUUUUCGGAGAUCAGAACUUCCUCAGUGUGUUGUGUUAUCUUGACGAUGUCCUGGUUUUUGCCCCCACAGAAGAAGUAGCACUGCAGCGCUUGCAUAUGGUGUUUCAGAGACUACAGGCUCACAAUCUUAAGUUGGCCCCAAAGAAGUGUCACUUCUUGAGGCAGUCUGUGAAAUUCCUAGGGCACAUUGUUAAUGCUGAUGGAAUAAGGUCAGAUCCUGACAAAAUAGCAUCCAUUACAUCCCUUACGGAAGCGGACCUCAUGGAAAAUGGUUCUAAGGUUCCAUCCCAGCAGAGGAUCCGCUCGUUCCUGGGAAUGGUCAUGUAUUACCAGCAAUUUAUUGAGAACUGUUCAUCCAUUGCAAAACCUCUGUUCCGGCUGACAUCUGGGGACAAAGGUCCACGUGGUCCAGGGAGAAGGCGCCAGAGGGCGCGUGCAAAGCUGUGUGAGGAGGACUGGACAGAUGAUUGCAGAAUAGCGUUCUUCAAGUUGAAGCAGGCUUUGUUGGAUCGGGUGCUCUUGGCCCAUCCAAACUUCGAAGAGCCCUUCCUUCUAUCGGUUGAUGCCUCCAGCAGUGGCCUUGGUGCUGUGUUGUCGCAAGUUCCAGCUGGAGCUUCAACAUCAAGGCCAAUCGCCUUUGCUAGUAAGACACUCAGUCAUGCACAGUCCAAGUAUCCAGCACAUAGGCUGGAGUUCUUUGCCUUGAAAUGGGCAGUGUGUGAUAAGUUUCACCACUGGCUUAGGGGUCAUCGGUUUACAGUAUGGACCGAUAAUAACCCUCUGACUUACAUACUGUCUAAGCCAAGAUUAGAUGCAUGUGAGCAGAGGUGGAUUGCAAAACUGGCACCUUUUCAGUUUGACAUAAAAUACAUCCCUGGUCCUAAAAAUGUGGUUGCUGAUGCACUGAGCAGGGAACCCUUUGUGCAGCCGACUGCCUCCCAUCGUCUAAUAAGAGUGCCAUACAAUGAUCUGCUGGCUGAGGCAGAGGCAGUUGCCACAGGCGGGGUGCAGGAGGCCUUCAGAUGGACAGUUCACUCACCUGAGGAGACCCCUAGCAAUGACCAGCAUAUUGUUUCUCAGUGCACAGCUGUUGUGCAGGCAGGGGGGCUGACAUCUUGUGAGGUGGGAGCUGUUUUCCAGGUUCAUACAGAACAGGAGUCCAAGGUGUGGCCACAUGCUCUCCUUCUGCCUCAGUUCUCUCAGACUUUGCUCACACCGAACCAAACUGAAUCUGAAAUCUUUUCGCAUGAAGAGCUAGUGAGACAGCAGCGGUGUGAUGAUACACUGAAUAGGGUGAUCUUUUAUGUAGAAAGGGGGCGAAGACCAUCAAGGAGAGAGCGUGCCAAAGAAGCGACUGAUACAAAUAGACUUCUGAGGGCGUGGAACAAGUUGACUGUGAAAAAUGGUGUAUUGUAUCGAAUCUCCAGGAAUCCUGUAACAAAGACAAAAACCUAUCUGUAUGUUGUCCCGCCUGCCCUGCGUCCUGCUGUACUGAAGGGAGUCCAUGAUGAAGCAGCCCACCAGGGCCAACAACGAACCCUUUAUCUUGCCAGGCAAAGAUUUCAUUGGUCUGGCAUGGCUAAACAUGUGGCAGAGUAUGUGAGGUGCUGCAAGCGGUGCAUUGUUAGCAAGUCACCGGAACCAGAGGCUAGAGCACCUUUAGAGAACAUCAAGACAUCAGAACCCCUUGAACUAGUCUGUAUAGACUUUUGGUCGGCUGAGGACUCUGCAAACAAAUCAGUGGAUGUGCUUGUGGUCACAGACCAUUUUACAAAGAUGGCGCAUGCCUUUUUAUGCCCCAACCAGUCUGCCAAGGCAGUGGCGCACCAACUGUGGCAUAACUAUUUCUGCAUCUACGGCUUUCCAACACGCUUACACUCUGAUCAGGGUGCAAAUUUCGAGAGUGCUCUCAUCUCUGAACUGUUGAGUGUUGCUGGAGUCCAGAAGUCCCACACGACUCCAUAUCACCCAAUGGGUAAUGGUUCUUGUGAAAGGAUGAACCGCACCUUGGGUAAUAUGAUUCGUGCCUUACCUCCAAAAGCUAAGCAAAGAUGGCCAGAUAUGUUGAAGUCCCUCACCUUUGCGUACAACUGUACCAUCCACGAGACAACUGGCUUUGCUCCAUUUCUGUUGAUGUUUGGCAGGGUGCCAAGGCUCCCAAUUGAUAUAAUCUUUGGCUCAGUCAUUGACCAUCAUGACGUCACAGAUUAUGACCGAUAUGUCCAGACACUAAGGAAAGACCUCAAGGAGGCCAUGGACAUUGCACAAAGAACGGCAAGCAAACAAUUGCAGCGCCACGCUGAUCUCUACAACCGGAAGGUCCGGGGAUCACCAGUGGAGAUUGGAGACCGUGUUCUUUUGGCCAACAAAAAGGGACGCGGCAAGAGAAAACUUGCUGAUCGCUGGGAGAAUGUUGUCUAUACAGUUGUGGACAAGAAUGACACAAGUCACACAUUUAAGCUGCAGAAUGCCUCCACUGGGCAGGUGAAGGUCGUACAUCGUAACCUAUUAAUGCCAGUGAACUUUCUGCCUGUUGAGGAUGCUUUGCCUCAAGAUGAGGUGGAUGUGUUUUCUGAAUCUGGCUCGUUGAUGACGGAUGGUGAUGGAGAGGCUGUGUGUGAUGUGUCUCUGGCAUCUGCUGAGUACAGGACGAGAGCUUGGGUUUCUGUCUUGCCAUCUGAGGUGCCCAGCGAGUUGCCAAUGACCGAGGAUAUUGAAUCAGAAGGCACUGUUGUGGAGCAUCUACUGGCAUCUAGCCAUGUCCCCACUAGCGUCGCUGAUGUACAUGAAAAUCCAACUGAUGAGCAACAAUCUGACUUGGUCAUGUCCUUGGAUCCACCUACAUGCUCUUCUGCUUUGGAGGCAGCAGCCUCUGCUGAGCAUGAUCCGAGCUGUUUGCCUUUGGUUAAGGUUUCUGUCUCAUCUGAGACUGAUGUGCCCACUGGAGAUUGUACUGUUGUUGACAGAGUGGUGGGGACUCGCACAAGAUCAAGGGUGGGAAGGUUACUUAAGCCUGUUUCUAGAUUGAUUGAGAUGAUGCACCAGAAAACAGAAAAAGUUUGAGUCUUGUUAGAGUGAAGACAGUUUGUUUUAUUGUAUUUGUAAUAGACAAUGUUUUUUUUUUGGAACAAACAGGGUGCUUUUGUUUUAAAUUGUCCGUAUCAGAAUGGCGUAUGGUUAUAAUAUGGUAAAAUAUGUAAUCGGCAUAUUUCAUUUUAUUGUUUUUUGCUUCCCACACGUGUGAGAUAGGGGUCUGGCCAACUUCUUCUUAUACUGAUUCUUUUGAGAAUAGUCGUCUGACUGGAUUUUCUUUGUAACCGUGCUGCCUGGAAUUUGCUGAGCGGAUUCAUCAUAUCUCAAUGGCUGUGAAUAUGCUAUUGUAAAAUUGUGUAGAAUGUUCAUUUUGUUUUUGUUCUCUUUUUCUCUUCUGGUUGCUGUGGUGUAUCUGUUUUUUUUUUUCUGUGGGGAUGUUGCUUUUGUUUGUGAUAUUUGUUUAUUUUGGGGUGCAAGUGGAAUUCAGCAGGGGGGAAUGUAACAGUGUUUAGGUUUAAGUUGUAGAAUUCCACUUGCUUUCUAUGUAUCAGUGCAAUGGGGAAAUAGCGCCCCCCUCUUUGUGUGGUUGGUUAUAUGUUGCUGGUCCCUGUAGUCAGUGCCAGUCUGUGAAAGCUACACGAGAGCGUGCUGAGUGAAGCUGAGCCGUUGCACUGAUUCAAACCCCGAUAUGUUCCCAUUCAGGUACAUCAUUUAUUAUUGUAUUCUUCAUUGUACAUUGAAAAUAUGAAUGUUUUGCUGUAAUUACGGCCAGUCUGUGAAAGCUACACGAGAGCGUGCUGAGUGAAGCUGAGCCGUUGCACUGAUUCAAACCCCGAUAUGUUCCCAUUCAGGAAAUAAACUGCCUGACAACCCA